CCCCCUCUUCCCCAUCCCUCCCUCCUCCUCCCUCCCCCUUCUCCUGCUGGACCCCCUGCAGCUGGAAUGGCCCCUUGGCCUCUGACCCCUAGAGCCCUUCAGGGAUCGGUGACCUUCCGGGAUGUGGCUGUGACCUUCAGCCAUGAGGAGUGGGGGCAUCUAGACCCCUCCCAGAAGGCUCUCUACUGUGAGGUGAUGCUGGAGAAUUACAGGAACAUGGUCUGCCUGGGACUUGCCGCUUCCCAACCCAAUGUGAUGGACCAGUUGGAGCGAGGGGAAGCCCCUUGGACUCCGGAAGGAGAUGUUGCAUGGAGCAGCUCCGCAGAUUGGGUUACUAGCCUUGAAACCAAGGAGUCAUUUCCCAAGCAGGGCACUUCUAUGGAACGAUCCCUGGAGAGACUCUCAUGGAAUGAUUUCUUUGUCUCCAAACUAAGAGAAUCCUGGGAAUGUGGUGUUGACUUAGAGAAGCUGCAUAUCAUUGAGGACAAAUAUUCUCAGCAAGUCAAGGUCACCCAAAGAAACACUUCCAAUAAAGUGGGUGGGUAUGAAUAUAGGGAAUAUGAUAGAAGGGCUGGUCUAGGGCCUAUCCUUUUUCCACAGCAGAGAGUAUGUAAUGCACAGAGAAAGAGCUUCAGUCUGUAUUCUGAACCCAGUCUCUGGAGCAGAAGCUGUUCCAAGAAGAUCAUUUCUCAGUUUAAUGAAUGUGGGAAAGCCCUUAACCAUAGCUCAACCAUUACCCUCCCUCAGGCAGUUCACACUGGAGCCAAACCCCAGAAAUAUAAUGAAUGUGAGACCUUUUCCCAGAAUAUGCAACUUAUUAAACAUCUGGGAACCCAUCUUGGAGAGAAAUUAUGUGAACAUAAAAACCAUGGGAAGGCCUGCACCUGCAACUCAUCCCUUAUGUCCUAUUACAGGAUUCACACUAGCACAAAACUAUGUGGAUGCAGUGAUUGUGGGAAGGCCUUCACCCCCAGUUCAUCCCUUACUUCCCAUCACAGGGUCCAUACUGGAGAGAAACCAUUUGGAUGUGACUGUGGGAAAGCAUUUCGCCUAAACAAACAGCUUAUCCGACAUCAGACAGUUUGCGCUGGAGAGAGGAAGCCUUAUGAAUGUAAUGCAUGUAGGAAGACUUUCCUUCAGAGAAAAGAACUUACUCAACAUCGGAGUAUUCACACUGGAGAAAAACCAUUUAAAUGUAAUGAAUGUGGAAAGGCCUUCACCCGCAGCUCAUCCCUUAUUUCCCAUCAGACAAUUCAUACUGGAGAGAAACCUUAUGAGUGUUGUGAAUGUGGAAAAGCUUUCCGCUUGAGAAAACAGCUUACUGGACAUCAGAGAAUUCAUACUGGAGAGAAACCUUACGAAUGUGUUGAAUGUGGGAAGGCUUUCCGCCUGAGCAUUCAGCUUACCCGACAUUGGAAUAUUCAUACCGGAGAGAAACCCUAUGAAUGUCAUGAAUGUGGGAAGGCCUUCCGCUGGUGCAAACAGCUCACCCGACAUCGAAGUAUUCACACCAGAGAAAAGCUUUAUGAAUAUCACAAAUUUGAGGAGACUAUCUGCCGGAGAACAGAGCUUGCUCCUCAUCAGAGUAGUUUUGCUGGAGAGAAAGCUUAUGAAUGUAAUACAUGUGGGAAGACCUUUAACCGAAGCUCAUCCCUCACUUCCCAUCGUAGGAUUCAUAGUGGAGAGAAGCCAUAUGAAUGUAAUGAAUGUGGCAAGGCCUUUCGCCUGAGCAAACAGCUGACUGCACAUCAGAGAACUCACACGGGAGAGAAACCUUUUGUAUGCAGUGAGUGUGGGAAGGCCUUCACAUGCAACUCUUCCCUUAUUUCCCAUCAUAGGAUCCAUACUGGAGAGAAACCUUAUGAAUGUAAUGAAUGUGGCAGGGCCUUUAACCGGAAAACAGAAUUAAUGUAUCACCAGAGAAUUCACACUGGGGAAAAACCUUAUGAAUGCCUUGAGUGUGGAAAAGCUUUCCGCCUGAGUGUACAGCUCACUCGACACCGGAGUAUUCACACUGGAGAGAAACCUUAUGGAUGCCAUGAAUGUGGGAAGGCCUUCCGCUGGUGCAAACAGCUCACUCGACAUCGGAGUAUUCAUACUGGAGAGAAACCUUUUGCGUGUAAUGAGUGUGAAAAAGCCUUCCGCCAGAGGGCUGAACUUAUUCAACAUCAGAAUAUCCAUACUGGAGAGAAACCUUAUGAAUGUAAUGAGUGUGGGAAGGCCUUUAACCGCAGCUCUUCCCUUAUUUCCCAUCACAGGAUUCACACUGGAGAAAAACCAUUUGAAUGUAGUGAGUGUGGGAAGGCCUUUACCCGAAGCUCGUCUCUUACUUCCCAUCACAGGAUUCACACUGGAGAGAAGCCAUUUGAAUGUAAUGACUGUGGAAAAUCCUUUCGCCAGAGUACACAGCUCACUCGACAUCAGACAACUCAUACUGAAGGGAAACUCUAUGAAGCUGAUGAAUGCAGAAUGGGUUUCAACUCAUCCUUUGCUUCUCAUCUGUCUGUUCACCCUGGAGAGAAACAUCAUCAGUGCAGUCAAUGUGGAAAGAUUUUCAACCGCAGCUCCUCCCUGACUUCCCAUUACAGAAUUCACACUGGAGAGAAACCGUACGAAUGCAAAGAUUGUGGGAAGGCCUUCUCCCAUAGGUCACAACUUACCUCCCACCACAGGGCUCAUACUGGGGAGAAGCCUUAUGAAUGCAAGGAGUGUGGGAAGGCUUUCCUCCAGAGGACGCGGCUUACCCGACACCAGAGUAUUCAUACCGGUGAGAAGCCGUAUCGGUGUGAUGAGUGUGGCAAGGCCUUCACUCGAAGUUCCUCCCUUAUUUCCCAUCAUAGAAUUCACACUGGAGAGAAACCUUAUGAAUGCCAUGAGUGUGGGAAGGCCUUCAACCGAAGCUCCUCCCUCAUUUCUCAUCACAGGCUUCACACUGGAGAGAAACCCUAUAAGUGUAAUGAGUGUGGGAAGGGCUUUCGCCUGAGGGCAGAACUCGCCCGCCACCAGACAGUUCACACUGGAGAGAAACCUUAUGAGUGUAAUGAGUGUAGGAAGACCUUCUGCCUGAGGGCAGAACUCACCCGACACCAGUCAAUUCAUACUGGAGAGAAACGCUAUGAAUGUAAUGAAUGUGGAAAGGCCUUCACCCGCAAUCCUUCCCUCAUUUCCCACUAUAGGAUUCAUACUGGAGAGAAACCAUUUGAAUGUAAAGAAUGUGGGAAGACCUUUGGCAGGAGAACAGGACUCAUUUAUCACCAGAGGAUUCACACUGGAGAAAAACCUUACGAGUGUAGUGAAUGUGAGAAGUCUUUCUCCCAUAGAUCAGAACUUACUUCUCAUUACUGGAUUCAUCUUGGGGGGAAACCUUAUAAAUGUAAUGAAUGUGAGAAGGCCUUUGGUCAGAGAACACAAUUAAUUUGUCAUCAGAGAAUUCAUACUGGGGAGAAACCUUUUGGGUGUAAAGACUGUGGGAAGGCCUUUACCCGCAGCUCAUCUCUUACUUCCCAUUAUAGGAUUCAUACUGGAGAGAAACCACAUAAAUGUGUUGAAUGUGGGAAGGCUUUUGGCCGGAGAACUGAAUUAAUUUAUCACCAGAGAAUUCACACUGGGGAGAAACCCUAUGAAUGUAAGGAAUGUUCAAAGGCCUUCUCCCAUAAGUCGGAACUUACCUCCCACCAGAGGAUUCACACUGGGGGGAGGCCUUACGAAUGUAAGGAGUGUGGGAAGGCCUUCCGCCUGAGUUCACACUUUGCUCGCCAUCAAAGAAUUCAUACUGGGGAGAAACCUCACAAAUGCAGUAAAUGUGGGAAGGCCUUCAGCCGCAACUCAUCCCUUGCUUCCCAUUGCAGGAUUCAUAGUGGGGAGAAAACUCAUGAAUGUCACGACUGUGGGGAGGCCUUCCAUCUGAGGGCUGAACUUGUCCGACAUCAGACAGUUCAUACCAGAGAGAAAUCUUAAGCAGUUCGAGUCUGAUGAGUAGGACGAAUAUGGGUCAGAUUGUAGACAGGUCCCUCCCUGGACUGUGAAUUAGGGAAUUCACGUGGAAAGGAAGUCCUAUGGGCAGGCAGGUCCCUGCUCACUGUCUUUCCCAGCCUCACCCACCCUCAGGUUUUUUUCCUUCCUUGAACCUGGUUCAGUGUAGACAUUGGGAUGUAGAAGGGUUUGCCUGCUCUCGCUUUGUCCAUGUUGCGUACUUCCUCAGGCCCAGUGUUUUCCCUGCACCCACGAGGCCUUCCUGCUCCAGGGUCUGAGAACAGACCUUGUCGCCUCUCAUGGUUUUUUCCUUUGAGAAGAACUCAAGACCUGUUUUUCCCUUCCCUUCCCCCUUCCCUGGGAGAAGGCAAGCAGCUGGGGGCAGAGCGCACUGGUCCAUCCACCCUGCCUGAUAGCGCCUCUCUGGUCCAUCCCCUUCCCUUCAUCGUGGUGGCAGAGCCCAUCUCUUGUGUUUGUUGUGACCCGCCACAUUCACGUGCAUCCAGAGCCUCCGGUCAGCAUCCGGGCUUUUCUGACCACAGAGCUGGAUGUUGCAAAGCGUCCUUCCUGGGGGGACGAGGGGCCAUCGCUGAGUCAGAGAGCCUCAUGUGUUUAGUUGCCCUAAUUCUGGCAAAGUUCUGAUUUUUCACCCACGUUCAUGCAGCCCGUUGGCAGCAUCUCUCCGCUGGCUCCCUCCCAAGAGCUACACCUAAGCCUAACCCUAACUCUAGUUUCUCCAGGGCUGGCCUCCCUCAGGGCCUCCAGUUCCUCACCACCUGCCAUGUUCUCAACACCACAGUCUGGUUUGUCCCAGCCACUCCAUGGAACCAUUUGAAAGUCACCAGGGACCUGUUAAUUAACAAGUGCAGUGACUUUUCUUUCACUGAGCAAAACGGAGGGCUGCCCUGUGAGAAGCCUGCCGAUUUUGUUGGUAAUGGCCUUAGGUGCAGAGAGCCCCAAGAAGGCUCUGGCCCACUGGCCAUCCCGUGUGUCUGACUUGCACAGGACAUGGGAUGGAAGGCCCACCUUGAGCAGAACCCAGAUCCACUGGUCCUUGGAGCACUGUCCUCCUCUCCUGCGACGCUAAUCCCUCCUCCUUCGUUCUCUCUCCUCUCUCCUCUUCAGACUCACGACGUUUGCUGUCCCCCAGUCCCUGCCUCUGCCUUUCCUAGCUUUGUUCUUUCCCUCACUCGUGAAGGUGUAGGAGGAACAGAAGAGGUUUGAUGAAGGAAACGUGGUCUCCACAGGGCGUCCCUGGGAGGGGCCCCUUUCCAUCCUGGCCCUGUUUUUACCUCUGUACUCACCACAGAUUCAUUUAUUGUCUGUCUGCAGGUUACUCCCCAGUGGAUGUAUCCCCUCCCGCAUCAUCAGCUACCAGAUAUUCCUGGACAGAUUUGAUCUUGCCGUAACCAGCCUGCUCCUCCACCACUUCCCAGAGACUGCUCCAUGCCAUCUGCUCUCCCUCCUCCCUUCUGUGUCUUGGAGUCCCUGGUUCCAUCCUCAGCCAUUGUCACUGCCUCUCUACCCUCUGCUCCAUUGUUCUCUCUCUCUUUCUCUCCCCACAUACAUGUUGCAUUAAUUUUGUUAUUUAGUU